AUGAUGUUUUUCGCACAAGAUGUUAUAGUACCAACUUCUUUUAAUCCGAAUCCAAACAUUCCAGGACAUAAUAGGAGGCUACGACGGGUUUUCAAAGGGGCGGUUGGUGCACUUGAUGGCACUUUGAUACAUGUUGUUUUCCCUGCUAAGAAACAAGACUUAUAUAGAAGUAGGGGAAAGGGAGACUUCUACCAAAACGUAUUGGCAAUUUGUGACUUCAAUAUGAUUUUCACAUUUGUUGUGGCCGGGUGGGAAGGGGUAGCGCAUGACUCUAGAAUAUUAUCAGAAGCAAUAACCGAUCCACAAUCAUCAUUCCCGUUUCCACCACUCGACAAGUAUUAUCUUUGUGAUGCCGCGUAUGCACACACUCGAGGAUUUGUGGCCCCUUAUCGUAAUGUGAGGUAUUGGCUUGGAGAUUUUCGUCAAAGACGUGCAUUGACCAAUAAGGAAAAAUUUAACCAUGGACAUGCAAAACUUCGAAAUGUCAUUGAGCGUGCUUUUGGUGUUUUGAAAACACGCUUCCCUAUAUUAAAGAGGAUGGCACCAUUCCCAUUUGUGACACAAAGAAACAUUGCCAUGGCAUGUUUCGCGCUUCAUAAUUUUAUAAGGAGAGAAGGAAUGAGUGAUGAGUAUUUUGCACGAUACGAUGAACCCAAUGUCUCGUUUCGAAAUAACAAUGUGGGUGUUGAUGAUGAUGAAGACGGGAUUCCAACACAUGGUAUUACAGCAGACCGUGAAUAUAUGACUCAGUUACGGGAUCAAAUUGCUUAUCAGUUGAUGCACAAUAUAGAUUGA